UUUUGGAACUGUAUCUUGCAAUAUCUUACCCGAUUCUUCUUCACUAAUAGCAGCAUUAUUGACAACAACCAUUUGAGCGAAAAAAGAGUGAUGAUGGCUCCCCUCGAGAUCUGGGCCUACUGGGCCUACUGCUAGGCCCAGUACGCCCAGAUCUCGUCGUGGCGUGUUCUCCUGGUGUCGGAACAACCGAUGAGGAUGCCUCAACUGAAUAUUCCCAGGAUGAGGAUCCGGUCUCAUCUACACCUUCCGAACAUAAGGACCUGACCUGGGCCACCCAGCCACCGCGGGACCCCCAGGGCUCCAUGCCCACGUCCGACAACGCCCCUGGUGGUACUUGGUAACCUACCUUUCGCUCCGGGAAAUGCUUGCACCGGCUAACUCUGGUUGAUACUGCAAAAUAAAUGGAGCGGGUGUGAACAACAAGAAAGAAAAAGCAAAAAAAGGGUGCAUGUCAUCGUAAGGUCUCCAACAUAUCCAGGUCUAAAACAUUCUGUCUCGUUCAUAUCAUCUAAAAGUUGUGGCUCUACUGCAACUUGCAAAUAAUGCCCCUUCAAUUCCUAUGUAUGUUCCCCUUAUUCGGAUGUUCUUUGGGCUUCCAUUAUGUGUGUAUGACUACGUUGAUGACCUCAAGAAAAGAAAACUGCCACCACAAAUUCUGUAAGCUACCCGCUCAAAUUUCUGUUCCCUCCCCAAACCCUUUCCUUCAACAACCAACUACUAGUACCACACAACACUUUUAUCACAAUUUUGUUAUCAUUCUGAAAAUGGACUCACCGAAGCCUCAGAAAGAAGCCGUUCCCCAACUCAAAUCUGAGUUCGAGAAGAGGGCCCUAACGAGAGGGGUCUCUUACAGCUGGAAGCGCCUUUUGGUGAUUAUUUACAGAGAGGACGGCACCGAUGCUGACAGGGAUUUGAUUUCUCUUCAAGACUGCUUCCAGACGUAUUUGGUUUCUCGAACAUCACAGCGCUAACGCUCCGUAGGAACGACGCUGACGUAUCGUAUACUGCAAUGAAGCACAUCUUUAAUCUUCUUUUGAAUAUCGGACCCUCCAAUGCCUCCCAGGCCCUCUUCGUCGUCGCCUACGUCGGACAUUUUCUAGUAAUGCCAGAGGAUGGUCUAGUACUCAUGUCUGCUAGUGGCAAGCAGACUGUCAAGUGGUCCGCCUUCAGCUAUAGCUUUAUGCUCUGAUAAUCCUAUAUCGACCAAAAGAAAAUCACUGGUAAUUACUAGACUUAACAAUAACCGACGUAAGGAAUCUCACUCUGAUAAGAAGUAUAUAUUUUCUUUCAGCCUUCAAAAACUUGCUCUUGUGGUGAAGGUGAUACAUAUUUGAGAGGAAUUUUUGACUUUCUAUAAAUGGGUCGACAAAAGCUAUGUUAGUUCACUCGAACAUGUCUACCCAGUUCUGAUUCCUGAGAACGAAGAGCGAAGUUCCAGCUCACUGCAUACUGAAUACUACCAUGAGACACGUGAGUGGGCCGAGGUUCGGACUUCUCCGUACUAUAGUCGAUAAUUCGAGAAAAUUGAGAAUUACCUAGUACGCACUACGUAAUAAUAGAAUUUGUUAAUAAGAAU